AUGGCGAUCCAGAGGGCCAGCCCAGAGAGGCUGCAGCGCAGGCUUCCUGACAGCAACAAAGUGCAGCGAGACAGCUGCAACGAGCAGCGCUACUACAUGGAGCAAGAUGACAACAUGCUCCACCUGCUGGAAGAAAGACCAGACAAGAUUAAGAAUCUGAAUAGCAUCCAGACUGGAAAAUGGCAACUCGGUUUCCAAGCAAUGUCCUUUGACCUCUAUGCCAAAUAUGGUAACAACCGCACCCUGAGCCUCGUUAGCCCCAAGAAGCCAUACUACCAGUGGCGCCUACGUGUACCAUCGGGUCACGUGGUUCGACUGGUCAUCCUCACCCUGCAUGGCGCCACCCCAGGAAGUUGCACUUCCCACAAGCUCUCAGCUUAUGAUUUCCUGCUUCCUUUACAAAACAAAAUAAUUGCCAGGUGGUGUGGGCUGCCUCUCUCAGGCUCAUCUCCAGUCAUGAAGCUGACAUCCUCUGGGAAUGUGAUGUUGGUCACCUUCUCCUUCAGCAGGCAGAGGGAUGGAGCAAUCUUCAAAGCAUACUUCCAGGCCAUCCCAAAAGCAGGUUGUGGAGGAUCAAUUUCCUCCUGGAAUGGCUCGAUUUCCUCACCCUACUACCCCUCCUAUUACCCUCCUAAUAUAGACUGCACCUGGACCCUACAGGCACCAUUGCCAGGGUACCUGAUUUCCAUGACUAUAGUGACAAUGGACAUUCAAGAUUUCCCAUCAUCAGACAGCUGUGAGAAAGACUGGCUAGACAUUGGAGGGGUCAAACUGUGUAACCCAGUGUCAGACAGCAGCAAAAAGCGAGUCUAUUCCUCUCCUCUCUCUCUCCACUUCCACUCCGAUGAAUCUCACACUCACAAGGGCUUCUACUUACUCUAUCGAGCCUUUUCCCCUGAGGGCACUUGUCCUCGCCAGUUUCGCUGUGGAGAUGGACACUGUAUCCCUCUCAGGAAGGUGUGUGAUGGAGUUAAGGAUUGCUCAGAUGGACGGGACGAGACUAAAUGCUCAUCCUGCAGGCCAGGGGAAGUGCUGUGUGGCAACGGUCAGUGCAAACCUCAAAGCAGCCAGUGUGUGAGCCAGAGCACCUGUACAGACAGCAGUGAAGAGGGCACCUGUGGAGGUAAAUGCUACCAUGUGUGUCCCAACAAGGUGUGUUUGCCAAAGUCUUCUGUGUGUGAUGGUGUCAUUGACUGUAAAGACCGCAGUGAUGAACUCAACUGUACCAGAGCAUACCUUAAAAGCUGCUCCUUGUCUUCCUACAAAUGUGCCAAUGGAAAGUGCAUUAGUAAAGUCAAUCCUGAGUGUGAUGGAGUAAAAGACUGUUUUGACGGCUCAGAUGAACUGCGCUGUGGCUGUGGAAUCAGGCCCAGGAAGCGUACUAAGAUAGUGGGUGGCUCUGAUGCUGGAACUGGAUCAUGGCCAUGGCAGGUCAGCCUCCAGAUGGAUAACUAUGGCCAUGUCUGUGGAGCCACGCUCAUCUCCAGCCGCUGGCUCAUCUCUGCAGCUCACUGCUUUCAGGACUCAGAUGCCAUUAAAUACUCAGAUUCUCGUGCAUGGCGGGCCUUCAUGGGAAUGCGUGUGAUGACCACGGGUAACAACGGCGCAGCCACGAGACCAAUUAGACGGAUCCUUCUCCACCCACAGUAUGACCAGUUCACCUCUGACUAUGACAUCGCCCUUCUCGAGCUCGGCACUCCCGUCUUCUUCAAUGAUUUGAUGCAACCUGUGUGCAUCCCUGCCUCCUCACACACCUUCACCACAGGGACCAGCUGCUAUGUCACAGGUUGGGGAGUCCUCAUGGAGGACGGUCAGCUGGCCUCUCGCUUACAAGAGGCCUCAGUGAAGAUCAUCAACAGGAACACCUGUAACAAGCUGUAUGAUGACGCAGUUACUCCCAGGAUGCUGUGUGCUGGGAAUCUGCAGGGAGGGGUAGACGCCUGCCAGGGUGACUCAGGAGGUCCACUGGUGUGUCUGGAGCAUGGCAGGCGAUGGUUCCUGGCGGGGAUCGUGAGCUGGGGUGAAGGUUGCGCACGCCAGAAUCGUCCCGGCGUUUACACACAGGUGGUCAAGUUCACUGACUGGAUCCGUCAACAGACUAAAGGACAGGUGUGACUGAACACCAGACUAACAUGACAGACUUAACACACAGUAUGAAGGUUACAGACCUGGAGUCUAUCUUCACACUGUUGUCAGUACUGCAAGACAGCCAUUCAGUCACAGUCACUAUGGCAGCGGGCUAGUGGCGGCAUUAUCCCGGGUCCAAACCAAACAACUUCUUUCCUGUUUCCACUAGAAAACAUCGACAGUGGCCAUUCACACAAAAAAAUAAGCACUUGACCUGUACAUUAAAUGAACUUGCCUUUGGUUCACCACACAUAAAUGUUUGAACUUGGGUGGAAUACCUUUCUCAAUAUACCCAAAUAUGAUGCAAGACUUGCUGCAAAAUUACCCUGGGUUCUGUAAUGUAAGAGACUUUACUCUUAGAUUUUGGUUUUUUGCUGCCUGCACAUAUGUAGACUGAUCAGAGUGUUAGCAUACAGUGGUACCAUCACAAAUACUGGUAAGUGCUACUUGCCUUUUGGUAAAUAUUAGGAUCUAAAUGUUCCUCUACUUUAUUAGAUGAAAAAUACCUAGCACUCAAUAUUUUUUGUUUUAAGAAGAUGAAAUUCAUCACAGAAACAUUAAGAACACUGAGGCGAAAAUCAGGUUAUUGUAAAUGCCACUUGCUGCACAAAUCUGUGAUUCCUAUGCUUAACAGCAUUUUAUUUCCAUUUUCUCCAAAUUUCUGCUCACAACUUUCUCUCAUGUAAAGCUCAUUCUACGCCGCACUUUCCACAAGAGUACCUCCGUCUGCUUGAAGCAAAAAGCACAAUGUUCUGGAUAAAUUGUUCUGCUUGCAGAGAAUCCUCAAAAACAGGGAUUUACUGUUGCUUUGUCAACACCUGUUGUACUUUACAUCAAAGACCAAUCAAAAGCCGAUGAACAGGUCAGUGGCCUCUUUAUUCUGCAGACAUCAAACUUCAGAACAAAUCUGAUGCUGUCCAAAGUACAAACACAAACCAGGUUGUGCUGUGUAUGUAAAUGUGUUCCUAAUAUUUCUGCCCUGCUCUUGUGCCUGUCACAGCUACAUUAUCCACUGUGGACUUGGUGACCAAAAGCUCCCAUAGAUAUGUGACUGUGUAAUUUUGCCCUCAUCUACAUUUGUCCAUGUACUGUAUGUUGUUUUUGUACUGUAUGUUGUGAAUGUGCCUUUUUAUAUCAUGUUUAUCUGAGUCAUAGCCUUAUGCUGAUAGGAGGUGGUGAUAUACUUUGCAUUUCAUAUUUAGUGUGAUGUUUUAAUUUAUCUUUAUUGUGCCGCCUUUCUUCUACUUGCUCCGUGGAAAGACUGAACACAGCUCUGUUAAAACCAUGAUGCAGUUGAUGCUGGUUUAAGGGACAAAUAUAGUUAUCAAGGAAAAUCCCUACCAACCAUUGUUUUUAUGCAAAUACUCUUUUCUUUUUCCAUUCUCCCCCUCUCUACCUUUUCAUUCAGCUCACAUCACCAUCCAGUGGCCAGUCUGUACCACUGCCUCUUUUGCUAUCUUUCCUAAUACUCAUAUGAUUUUAAUAACAUUAAGUUUGCACCACUGGUCAAGGAUAUC